AUGAGCCGCAUCUGCGAGUCGCGCGCCCUGAGCACCAAGGCCGUGCAUAUGGAACGCCUGCUGGGCCUUUGGGACCCUGCUGCCUGGCAGCAUGGCGGCGGUGUGAUUGUGGAAGGGCAGCUCCUGGACGUGUCUCGCCAUCUCAUCUUGGAUGAUGCUGACAGAAAGGAGCAUUACUUCGUGCUGUACGUCAAGCCAAGGUUUAUUCAUCGCCGCAGAUUUGACCCCAAGGGGAACGAGGUGGACCCCAACUUCAGCGGAACCCGGAAGGUGAACACUAGCUUCCUCAUGGCGUCCUACAGAACGGAGCCCAAGGCUGCCACAGACAGACUGUCCCUGGAGGAGCUGGAGUGCCUGGUGACCAAGCCAGAACUGGCAACGGUGACGUAGCCUCACUUGCCCAGCCAGGCCGUGGCCUUUUGGCUGCCCGAAAGUGAGAUGGAGAAGAUGGAGCUGGAGGUGGGGACAGAUAUCCGCCUGAGGACUCUGGGAGACGGACCCUUUGUCUUCUCCUUGGCCAAGCUAGAUGCGGGGACAGUGGCCAAGUGCAACUUUGCUGGGGAUGGACAGGCCGGGGCAUCCUGGACAGACAACAUCUUGGCUUUCAAGGACUGUGGGCAGCCAUCCGAUGAGCCCCGAGGGGACGGUGCCGGUGCCGAAGAUGCUGAAUGGGUGCAGGAUGACUCACACCUCAGAACUUUUUAUCUGAAGGCGCACCCUAGGGAUUGA